AACUUGCUCAUAAUGAUACAUGUAGACAAUCUCGCUAGCGGAGUGAGCUAUACCAGCUAUGGUAACUGGGACGGGUACCCGUCCGCCUAUUAACCGCCAGGACCCAAUACCAAAGGGCACGGACCAUCAAAUCGUGUAUCAGGACCUGAUACGCGGGGUAAUUGGUACAGUAGGUGAAAAUAGUUGUCUUCUGUCUGGGAGGACCGAUUUAUCACUUGAUUUUGUUUACACUCUUACCACCUUGGCCGACUCGGUGCUCAGUUCCUUGCCGACCAAAGACUUUGCUGCCCGGACGUGUACAUCAUCACAUCGUCUGACAACGCAAAGUCUACGCGGGCGCAGAGCUCAAGCCAUGUCCGAAAUGGGACCCUCUACGUCGAGCAUUUGAGUACCAACCCCUGUGCAUGGCCGGGGAAUAUGAUCCGGUGGCAAUAAGCCGCGCAGGGGGCAUGUUACGGCUAUGGGAAGAAGCCUGCAUGUGGCAAUUUACCCGUCGCCAUUCCCGCUCGCUUUUUUAGCAUCCUCGUUAUUGCGUGAGUUGUGUGAUGCCCAUGGCAAGCAUUGACUCUGACUAUGAUCGCGAGCAUAUCGAACUGAGGUCGGUACCAUGGUGGCUGUUGGGCCGAGCGUGUCGAUACAAGGUGAGAUGAAG